UUCAGCGACCCAGAGGCCCCGCUGCCCAAGGUGCUGGGGGAGCCUGUCGCCGCCUACGGGAACUGGGUGGAGUGCCAGAGCCUGGAGGAGCUGGAGCGCAUCCAGCACGACGCGGCCGCCUUGCACAUGGAGUCGCUGGCCGUCAGAGAGCGCAUCCUGGGGCAGCGCCACCCGGAGGUGGCCGACGCCGUGGAAUUCCGCGGGACGAUGUUCGCUGAAGACGGGAGAUACGACAGAAGCGCUGAGCUGUGGCUCCAUGCUUUGCGCAUGCGCCAACGAAAUAAACUGUCCGUCUCGGAUGACCUUACCCGCUUUGCAAAGAUGUUCUACAAAAUGCUGAGGAGAAAUAUGAAUUUGAAGUUCUCACUUCUGAGAGAUGUUUUGACUGCCUGUCUUUGGGAACUGGAAAGGAACAAGGAAACUUUGGCUGUCACAAGUUUGAGACGUCAGAUGGAAUGCUACCUUGAGGAAUUCCAAAAUAAUAUCAUUGCCUUACUGAGUAUAUUGGUUACUGUGACAAAAGUGAUGAACUCUCUAACAUCAAGUGAAAAACUAAGUAUUUGUCGGCUGAUUUAUCAAUUAAAUAAGGCAGAUAUUAGAGCACAGAAUGGACUGACUCUAUUGCACAUGUGUGUAUAUGUUGAUGAAUAUGACGACCUCGACAACGUUUUCCCAUGUGCUGCAGUAACACGUUUGCUCAUUGAGUGUGGGGCUGACGUUAACUCAGUGGAUAUUAAGGGAGAUACUCCUUUACAUAUCAUCGCAGCACACAGAAAUGGACAUGUGGCUUCUUCUAUUAUUUCUUUAUUAAUUGAUUCUGGUGCUCAUGUGGAUGUCACAAAUGUUUUUGGGGAAACUCCAUUUGACACUGCUUAUACAGAUUCUGCAUUGGAGAUGCUUCAAACUCAAACUCCUUUGAGCCUGAAGUGCUUAGCUGCAAAAGCUGUUAUGGAUUAUAACAUUCCAUUUGAAGACCAUGUGCCCAGAACCCUGAUUCAGUUUAUCAACUUACAUGGAAUGAGCAUGAAAAGUCAAGUGUAGUUCUUCU